AUGAGGAAGUUUGGUCUUGCUGGAGAUAACAUUCUAGACGCAAAGAUCAUUGAUGCUAAUGGCAAAUUACUUGACAGAGCCGCAAUGGGCGAGGAUCUAUUUUGGGCGAUUAGAGGAGGCAGUGGAGCGAGGUUUGGAGUCAUUCUAUCAUGGAAGAUCAAGCUUGUUCCUGUUCCUGAAACCCUAACCGUUUUCAACGUUAUCAAAAAGUUAGAACAAGACGCGGGGAACAAGAUUUUUUCGAAGUGGCAACGAAUCGCAGACAAGCUAGUUGAAGAGCUAUUCAUUCGAGUCCUGUUCAGAGUCUCUGGAAACAAUGGAAACAAGACUGUGACAAUGUCGUACAGAGGCCAGUUUCUUGGCGACAAAGGCACCUUGAUGAAAAUUAUGAAGAAAGGUUUUCCGGAGUUAGGGUUAACUCUAGAGAACUGUAUCGAAAUGAGCUGGAUCGAAUCCAUUGUUUACAGAGCUCGAUUCUCGAUAUUAACACGUCCUCCUAUUGAGAUUUUGGUUCAAAGCAAAGUCGGAUUUUGUUAA